CGGGAACAUUUUUUUCAUAUCAAUCCAAUGGUCUUGCACCAACGGGAAAGAAACUGUUUGGGGCUGUGGGCUGUGCUGUGGUGCUGCCUGGACCAGAGCAAAUUGGCACCAGUAAGUUUAUAAAGUGGGAGUAUUAAAAAGAUGAAAGUGUCACCAAAGAGCUUCUUAUCUUAAUGUAUUAUGUGGAGACCCAUGAUUUGCAAAUCCGGGUAAACUAUCAAGAUGAUGCUGAUUUCAAUGAAACUGAUGGGUCCCUGAGACUACGAAAGUUGCAACUAAACGACGGAGGCCUCUACAGGUACAGACUAUCAACAACCACUGGCAAAUGGAUCCAACUGGAGGUUAUCAAGCCCCCCCCUAAGCCAACACUCCAGCACAACUUUCACAAUGGUACACAGCCGGAAAUCACUGUUGAAUUGGUGUGCAGUGUGGCAGCAGAGAAAGUGGAUGCUUAUGAGUGGAGAAAGAAUUAUGAGCCUCUUCCAGCAAACAGCCGCUAUCAGCUCCACUCUAAUAACAGCAUAUUACUCCUACAGAAUGUAAUACAGUCUGAUAAUGGCAAUUAUUCCUGCAAGGUCAGCAAUGAAGUUAGCUGGAAUGAAACCGUCCUGCUUCUGAACCUCCAGAUGUUUUUCACAGAUUCAGCUCAUAUGAUUUUUCCUGGAGUCAUUGUGGAAGCUGUUUGUCUUUUAAUUGCAGCAAUGGAUUGGGGCUUUAUUCACUGAAUGAAAAAUCUUCCCUGCCUUCAUCCAGAUCAAGAAACAAUUGACAUUUGUCAGGAGGAAAGUAAUGAACAUAGUACAUUAUAAAAAUGACUGCCUUCUUCAGCCUGCACUUCAGUGUUUUACUACUUAAGACUCCUUGCCAUCAUCAGAUCUCUUAGAAAUUUCUUCAGUAUUGC